UUUCUUACCUUGCCUAUUCUAUCAUCGAUUCUCGACUGGCGUUCGUCGUCUUUUCCUCCACCACCACCACCUUCACAAUCACCGACGAACCACCACCACCACCAUCCACUUCGCGUUCCGCCCCCCGCGAAUCGCCCCUCUACCUCUGCUUCGCUUUGACUUUCGCUACUCAUCAUCAAUCGAGCGGCUUAUUCCAACGACAAAGACUCGACUUCCUCCCAUCGUUCUUCGCCUCAGAUAGCUGCCCAUCAUGGCAGGAAAAAUGGUGCUGUACAAGUUGGUGGUCCUGGGCGACGGCGGCGUGGGGAAGACCGCUUUGACAAUCCAGCUCUGCCUGCAACACUUCGUGGAAACAUAUGACCCCACGAUCGAAGAUUCGUACCGCAAGCAAGUUGUCAUUGACGGACAAGCAUGCAUGUUGGAAGUUCUCGAUACUGCCGGCCAAGAAGAGUAUACAGCACUUCGAGAUCAAUGGAUUCGAGAUGGAGAAGGUUUCGUUCUCGUCUAUAGCAUCUCAUCACGAUCUUCCUUUUCACGGAUCAAGCGGUUUCAUCAUCAGAUCCAACGAGUCAAGGAAUCAUGUGCGUCCUCACCGUCUUACCCAGGCUCGCCAAUCUCUGCAGCCAGCCCACAAGCGCCCGUGCCAAUUAUGCUGGUCGGCAAUAAGAGCGACAGAGUCACCGAGAGGGAAGUUUCGACACAAGAAGGACACGCUCUGGCCCGCGAGCUGGGCUGCGAAUUCGUCGAGGCUUCGGCCAAGAACUGCAUAAACGUCGAGAAGGCAUUCUACGACGUUGUCAGAAUAUUGAGGAGGCAGAGACAGGCCGCCUCGAGACCGCAGCCCGGCGGACGAAGCAGCACCCGGCCUAUCAACGGCGAUGCCGGAGCGAGGUACGACGACAAGGAAGGUGGCGACCGCUAUCGUCGCAAAGUGGGCAGAAGGGAAGGGAAGAGUAAAUGUGUCGUCUUGUGAGCUUGUCAGCAACCUCGACUUUUUAUCUCCCCCCCCCCCUUUUAUCGACGGACUUGUUCGGAUACACGGCAACAACCCCAAUCCAUUCGAUUCACAAAU